GUCGUCCGCGCGACGGUUUCACUCGCGUCGCUGCCCGCCGUCGACGCCGCCGCCGCCGCAGCCGCGCAGUAGUGCCUUGCUACGCACGCCGGUGGAUAGAGCAGUGUGUGUCGCCGCAGUGGUGGUUUAGUGGUGGUGGCCAUGGUGAUACCUCAGUGAAUUAUUACAUACCGCUCGGCCGUUUCUUUUUUUUCUUAUCCACCCUGUAGCUUCGCGUGCGGCUUCUUUCGAUCGGGGUAGCAAGUGAAAAAAAAAGCGCUGAACGCCCUCGACGAAGAUGGGGGCGAUGUUCAGAAGCGAAGAGAUGGCCUUGUGCCAGCUGUUCAUUCAGCCAGAAGCAGCUUAUCUCUCGGUCUCAGAGCUUGGCGAGACCGGCACCGUUCAAUUUCGCGACCUCAACGGCGAUGUCAAUUACUUCCAACGGAAGUUCGUUAACGAGGUGCGUCGUUGCGAUGAAAUGGAAAGAAAACUUAGGUACAUCGAAGCCGAAGUGAAAAAGGACAAUGUGCCUAUCGAGGAUAACCUUAGCGAGUUGCCUCGAGCACCUAAUCCUCGCGAAAUUAUUGAUCUCGAGGCGAGAAUAGAGAAGACAGAGCACGACAUCCUGGAGUUGAGUCAAAAUGCGGUAAACCUGAAGAGCAAUUAUUUGGAACUAAUGGAGUUGCGCCAUGUACUGGAGAAAACCCAGGUGUUCUUUACGGAGAAUCAAGGUUCGUUCCUUCUGUAUCAACAGGAAGAGGCCAACGACUCGAUCACUCGUGCUCUUAUCAACGAGGAGAUGCAGAAUACCAGUCAGCGUGGACGUCUUGAAUUCGUUGCUGGAGUGAUCAAUCGCGAGCGUAUGCCAGCAUUCGAACGUAUGUUAUGGCGUAUUUCGCGUGGUAAUGUCUUCCUGCGUCAGGCAAGUUUGGAAAAACCGCUUGAGGAUCCGAACACGGGAAACGAAAUCUUCAAAACUGCCUUUGUAGCCUUUUUCCAAGGUGAACAAUUAAAAAGUCGUAUCAAAAAAGUUUGCAGUGGAUUCCACGCCUCCUUAUAUCCUUGUCCUAACAGUCACUCUGAGCGUAUGGAAAUGCUCAAAGGAGUGAGGACUCGACUUGAGGAUCUCAAUUUAGUAUUGAAUCAAACUCAUGAUCACCGUCAACGCGUACUUCAUAGCGUUGCCAAGGAGUUGCCAAACUGGACUAUUAUGGUGCGAAAGAUGAAAGCAAUUUACCACACAAUGAAUUUGUUCAACAUGGAUGUAUCGAAAAAGUGUCUUAUCGGAGAGUGUUGGGUUCCCAUGUCUGAUCUCACUGUUGUGCAACAUUGCUUGACUGAAGGAUCGCGUCUUUGCGGUAACUCCAUUCCUUCGUUCCUUAACGUGAUUCACACCGAUGAGGAUCCUCCUACUUUUAAUCGAACAAAUAAGUUCACAAGAGGUUUUCAAAAUCUCAUCGAUGCCUAUGGUAUUGCUUCUUAUCGCGAAGCUAAUCCAGCGCUCUACACCAUUGUGACCUUCCCAUUUUUGUUUGCUAUUAUGUUUGGUGAUGCUGGUCACGGCCUCAUAAUACUGUUGUUCGGUGCCUAUAUGGUUAUCUGGGAGAAGAAAUUGCAAGCGCAAAAGUCGAACAACGAAAUAUGGAAUAUUUUCUUUGGUGGUCGCUACAUCAUUUUGCUCAUGGGCAUGUUUUCCAUAUAUACGGGAAUCAUUUACAAUGACGUAUUUUCCAAAUCCAUAAGGGCCUACAUCCCUUCAUCUUGGAUUGUUCCGAAGGAUAUAACAUUCAAAGAUAUACAAACUCAUAAGAUUAUACUUGAUCCUAAAAGCUAUUACAGAGGCGAUCCUUACCCAAUUGGCAUGGAUCCAAUUUGGAUGUUCGCUGAUAACAAAAUUAUAUUCCUCAACUCUUACAAAAUGAAACUUUCCAUCAUAUUUGGAGUUGUGCAUAUGAUAUUUGGAGUUUGUAUGAACGUUGUCAAUAUAUUUCAUUUCAAAAAAUAUGCUAGCUUUUUUCUCGAGUUUCUACCCCAAUUAAUCUUCUUGGUGCUCUUAUUUGCGUAUUUGGUGACACUGAUGUUCACAAAAUGGAUACUGUAUAGUAGAAUGAAUGAAGGGGUUUGGAGUGAAAGUUGCGCUCCAUCUAUCCUGGUAAUCUUCAUCAAUAUGAUGAUCUUUCAAGAGAACAAAGCACUUAAAGGAUGUCGUUCAAAUAUAUUUAAUCAUCAGGAAUUAAUGCAAAAAAUUUUCGUAUUCGUUGCAUUAGCAUGUAUACCAAUAAUGCUACUUGGAAAACCGCUCUACAUACUUUGCAUUAAAAAAAGCAAUAAAGGAAAGGUUUAUACAAAUGGAUCAGCCGGUUCCCAAGACAUCGAGUUACAAACUAGUAAUGGCGCAACAAGCCAAAGCGUAGCAGCAGCGAAUAGUAACGACGGUGGCCACGACAGCCACGACGAUGCGUUUGGCGAAGUCAUGAUCCAUCAAGUGAUCCACACAAUUGAGUACGUGCUGUCGACAAUAUCACACACUGCCUCAUAUUUGCGUCUUUGGGCCUUGUCUCUUGCUCAUGCCCAAUUGUCCGAGGUUUUGUGGACUAUGGUGUUACACUUCGGAUUGGGCGCCAAUGAUGGCGAGUACGUCAAGGCUGUGGUCCUCUUUUUCAUUUUUGGCGCAUGGGCAUUCUUUACGCUAGCUAUACUUGUUAUGAUGGAAGGAUUGUCAGCUUUCCUUCACACACUUCGCCUUCACUGGGUUGAAUUCAUGAGCAAGUUUUACGUUGGCCAAGGAUAUGCUUUCCAACCGUUCUGUCUGAAGAAUAUUCUUGAUACAGAAGAUACAGUAGAGCAGGAAUAAAAAAAGAGAAUAAAUAAAAAGAACAAACUCGCGUCUUCUCGUCGUCGUUACGCUCAUAGACGAGACUUCAAUAUUUCAUUCGCGAAAGGUCUUUGUGCAUUCGACGGACGUACGCGCAACACGUGUGUGCUUAUUUGACUUGAGACUGACUGCUUUUUUUCAACUCCUCCGAUCAGUGUUCUGUAUAAUAUUCUUGACUUUUCAUGCUGAGAAUUAUUCACCGGUAGCUUUAUCGUUUCAUAGAAAAUCGUAAUUACAAUGAUUGUCAAGCACAAAUAUAUCUAGAUAAUUUACUUAGCUGAUAUUAUUUGAUUUUUACGACUUUUACAAAUGUUAUUUGACUUGUAAGAUUGACGCGUUUAUGGAGAUUUUUCGCAGAAUUUUUUUUCGUAAAAACUAUAAUUGUCGUCAAUGUGUAACUACGUAUGUGAAAUGUUAACUGUGCGAGGACAGUCUACGUAAAUGUAUAAUAUUGCAGAAUUGUAUUUUUAUAUUAUUAACGUACAAGUUUCAAGAAAUGAGCUGAAUGUUUGUUGGCCAUUUUUUUAUAAGAUAAGUGCGUAUAAAACAAGAACUUGUUGUGUACACUUCAUUGAAUGCACUAUCGAUUGAGAAAUGAAAUUAUACUAGACCACGUAUUUUCUUAUAAUGUAUAUUCUUAUAUUCCAUGCUUGCGAUAUAUGAUGCUUCGAUGAAAGAAUGACCAAAGAUGAAGGACCAAAUUUUUUUUUUCAGUACAUUAUAAAAGAAAUGGACAAUAAAGAACAUCUAUUUGAA